UUUUAAUGAAGUAAGCCAUAAGAAACUGAAGCAAAUCAGUUGAGACGCUAAAACGCAGUGUUUAGGUCCGUCAACCAGUCCAGUCCAUGGCCGCCGCGAACCAAAUGCAAGUAGAAGACGAAAACGCCACGUUCUUCGUGGCGGUUCACGUCGGCGCUGGAUACCACGCGCCAUCUAACGAGAAAGCCCUCAAGUCCGCCGUCAAACGCGCUUGUCUAGCCGCCGGUUCAAUCCUCCGCAAGGGUUCUGGUAGAUGCAUAGAUGCUGUUACUGCAGCUAUUCAGGUCUUGGAGGAUGAUCCAAGCACGAAUGCAGGCAGAGGCUCCAAUUUGACUGAAGAUGGUCGUGUAGAAUGCGAUGCCAGUAUUAUGGACGGAAAUUCUGGAGUAUUUGGAGCUGUUGGAGCAAUUCCAGGUGUCAGAAACCCCAUCCAGGUCGCUGCUUUAUUGGCCAAGGAGCAAAUGAUGGGAUCCCCUCUGUUGGGCCGAAUACCUCCCAUCUUCCUGGUUGGUGAAGGUGCCCGUGCGUGGGCAAAGUCCAAGGGCCUUGCUUUGGCACCAAGUACCACAGCCGAUGAUGAGUGGCUGGUGACAGAAAGGGCAAAAGCACAAUGGAGAAAGUACAAAGCCAUGGUUGAUGAUGCAAGAGCAAAGACAGAAAACUCUGAUUCUAGACUUUCUUGUAGUCCUCAAGAGACCGCUGGAAUGUCAGAAUCAGAAGCUCAACCAUGCGAUUAUUUGAAGCAUAAUGGAGCUGAAGAGGAUUGCAUCAUGGAUACUGUUGGUGUUAUUUGUAUGGAUGCUGAAGGACAAAUAGCAUCUGGUGCCUCAAGUGGGGGAAUUGCACUGAAGGUUGGUGGGCGUGUGGGAUUAGCAGCUAUGCAUGGUGCAGGCUGUUGGGCAUCCUCCAAAGGUGUUUUUGGGGCUCCAUGUAUAGUUGGCUGUUGUGUAAGUGGUGCUGGAGAAUAUCUAAUGAAAGGAUUUGCAGCUCGUGAGUCCUGCGUCUCUUUAUCAGUUUCACAGGCAGGCCCUGCCUCUGCUUGCAUGAAAGUUUUACGUUCUGUUAUUCAAGACAGUAAUAACAAUUGUACUGAUAGAAGUGCCGGAAUUCUACUUGUGCAAGCUGAUGCUCCUAUAAUGGUUGCAGGAAGUUCCCCAAAGUUGAAAGCUGUAGAGAUUGCAGCUGCUUACACUUCUUUAUCCUUUGGAAUAGGAUAUUUUGGGAGCGCCAUGGAGCGGCCUAAGGUUUCAAUUCUUAGGAGUACAAAAUUGCAAAGCAAAACUGGAGUGGACCAUUUUGAAGCACGAAUUGAUCUUUCGGGUGGAAAGCUGUCGUGACUGCAAACCUGCAGUUGUGUUUUAUUUUACCCACCCAUGCAGCGAGCUUCGAUUUAGAAGAUCGUCGGUCUCAAAUGGUUACUAGCUGUAUUCUAAAUUUUUCCGUCGUUAUCUGGAUUUAGCCGUUGGUAACUCCUAUUUCAUUGAGAAAACUACAUUUGGAUGUUCGCAAUUUCUCUAAUGUGAGGUUUUCCUUGUACCAAAAGAAUAAGAAAAGUACGCUCUUCCGUAA